AUGUGGCAUUUAUGUCAUUUAUCAUCUCGGUCGUUGAUUCGCGUAUGUCCUGUAUUAAUUCGACAGCGACCACUUAUUCCAAUACAACCUUCAACUUCUCAACGACUUUUUUCUUUUCCAUCUUUUUUUAAAAUAAAAAAACAUUUACCUGAACCUCUUCCACAACCACCAUUUAAUCCACGUCACCCACCUGAUUAUAUUCCAUUACGACCACCUAUUGAUCCAAAUGCAACAAAACCUGUUCAAUCUCAGUCCAGUAUAUUUGCUCGUUUUCAUCAAGCAUAUGCUAAAUAUGGAAAAAUUCUGUUAGGUGUUCAUUUUGUUUCAUCAUUUGCUUGGUUUAGUGGUCUACUUUUACUUCAUUUCAAUGGUUUUGAUCUUGGAAUGUAUGUUAUGGACGUUCUUGUAAAAAUACAUGUAAUUAGUCCAGAACGACGUUUAUCAUUUAUACGUCAUAUGAAUGAAUUUUCAAUUGCAGGAGUAUUAUCAAGAAUUCCAUUUGUUUCAGAAGAACGUCUUAAUAAAUGGAAAGCAUAUUGGACUGGUGAACGUCUUCGUUUACUAGCUACAGUUUUAUUACUUUAUAAAUUUUUAUCACCCCUUCGUUAUGCUUUUACAUUAGGUGCAACAACAUAUAUAUCACGUAUAUUUCUUAAACGUGGUUUUAUUAAACGAGCACCACAAGGUGAUUCAUUACAAGAACUUUAUCUUGAUCAAAAACUAUUAAUUAAAAGUCAUGUUAGACGAGCAAGAGAAAAAAUAAAAAAAUCUGCACGACGUGGAACACAUCAAUCCGAAUGA